UAUCAUCCACUCAGAGCAGAGAAUUGAAGCUAAGCGAGCAAAUAAGAGAUCAGAAACAAAAAUGGUUCAAGAAGAGUUCAGAAAGGGCCCCUGGACGGAACAGGAAGAUGUUCAGCUGGUAUUUUAUGUGAACUUGUUCGGCGACCGCCGGUGGGAUUUUCUGGCCAAAGUUUCAGGUUUGAAAAGGACCGGAAAAAGUUGCCGGCUGCGGUGGGUGAAUUACUUGCACCCUGGCCUCAAACGUUGCAAGAUGACUCCUCAAGAAGAACGCCUCAUUCUUGAACUUCACUCCAAAUGGGGCAACAAGUGGUCGAGAAUUGCUCGGAAGUUGCCGGGGAGAACGGAUAACGAGAUCAAGAAUUACUGGAGAACCCACAUGAGGAAGAAGGCUCAGGAGAAUAAGAAGAAGAAGGGCGGCGCGUGCAUAUCUGCAUCCUCGUCCUCGCUCACAAACUGCUGUUCCUACUCCUCUUCCGCCAACAGCCCGGCGGCGGUGGAGUCGGAGGUGGACGAGGCAAACGAGCGGGACUUCUACGACACCGGCGGCAUCGACGAGGAGACGACGCAGGUGCCGCCGGUUCAGGAAAACGGCGGCGCCACCGCCAAGGCCUACACCAUGGAUGAGAUAUGGAAAGAUAUCGAACAGUUGGGAGAUGUUUAUUGCGGUAAUAGCCAACAGAGAAGCGUGACGACGUCGUCUCCGAUGUGGAAUUAUUGGGCGGAGACAUUAUGGAUGACGACGGCGGACUAUAAUCACGGCGGCGGAGAAAGUAAGACGGUGUCGUUUCCUCCCCUUCCUCUUCCUCCUCCUCCUCCUACUAACAACGAUCAAUUUUAUAGCAGCUUUGACAACCAGGGUAGCAUAUUUUUGACUGGCUAAUUAAUCAUUUGUUGAAUUAAUUAGUAUUUGUUACGUUGUUGGGUAGUUAAUUAAUUAACUCUGAUCUGUGCAUAGUAGCUAUGCUGCUCAUCCAUCGUCUUCUAUGGCCUCCAUCUCUCUGAGUCGUCUUUGUCUUCGUCGAUCAUUGUUAGAUUACGUACUUUCUUUAUAUUUUUAUGUCUCCAGUACAUGUUCCCAGAUUGUAUGAUGACUGUAUUUCCACGAAACUAUAUAUAUAAAUAUGCACUCUUUUUAAUAUAUAUUAGUGUAA